AUGGUGAUACUACUGCUACUACCCGUGCUUGUCGAGCAUUCCGUCGUCGAUUCGAACUGUGCUGUAACGGACAAGGCCGCGCGCUCUGCAGCUCGCCAUCCGUCACCAUACAACAGGUCUCAACAACAUGGCAUGUACUGGGAGCGGAAGAGCGUGCAUGCUGGACCCUUACAAGUAGAUCCAAUGUCGCGGCGCACUGCAACUAUUGUAAUUGUACAAGGCGACAAGCAAUAUCUUUCUACAGUACUCCGUAGAUACCUGGUAACUCGUAGGAUCAUCGCAUCCAUGCAACGGACGGAGAGCGAGUCAAUCGUUGGCAACAGACAGACACUGCAUUGGCCACAAUACACAGUACUAGCUCUUGUCGGUGUGACACCUUUCAAUGUGAUCUACAGCAUGAAUGGCAAUUACUACGAAUGUUAUGAUGGGAUGGAUGGGAGCGAAAGAGUUAUCUGGCAACAUGACUCCUGUGAGGUUACUCCAUACUCGGUAUUUCCUGUAGGCACUCAGAUUCCGGCCUGCGACAGUGCACUACCGUAG